CGAGUGGUCAUUCAUUGUAUGAUUUUUUUUUCCCAGUGGAUGUGUCUCAUCAGAGAUUUUGUUAGGCUUUAAAAGUGUCAAAAGGGAGGGGGAAAGAGGGGUGUCUUAGAAAUGUUGUAUUCAUUUUUGAGGGGGUGGCGGGUGGGGGGAUUACUGUGCUCUCUUCUUCUCAUUGGCUUGGCCCACCGUGACAGUGGAGUACAGAUGAGAGCUUGACAUGCUUGGUCUCUUCCAUAACAAGCUUCCAACUUGCAACGAGGCUCGACACUUGUCAUUCAAACAAUCCAGGCUCACAGAAAAUAUUUACUGCGGAUUUAUUACGCCCUAAAAGAAGCCCAUGACGUGUUUUCCUCUUCUCUCUCCCUUUUUUUUGGUUGUGGAAAAGUUGACCUGAAUUGUUUUAAAUGAAUGUGUGGUCGGAUUUGGAAAUGCCCAAACCACUAGACCACAUCAAGAGACCGAUGAACGCGUUUAUGGUGUGGUCCAGGGGCCAGAGGCGCAAGAUGGCUCAGGACAACCCAAAGAUGCACAACUCGGAAAUAAGCAAGAGGCUGGGCGCCGAAUGGAAAAAACUCAGCGAUUCCGAGAAGCGUCCUUACAUUGACGAGGCCAAAAGGCUUCGGGCUCAACACAUGCGAGAACACCCGGACUACAAGUACAGACCCCGGCGCAAACCCAAAAUCCCCCUCCAGGCGGAGCGCCUCGCUUUCCCACAUGUGGAGCCCUUGAAGGGAUUCUCCGUGGACUCGCCCCUUCUCAUCCACGGGGAUAAACCCCCCACUCUGAUGGCGCCGUCCCCCGUGAGGCAUCUACAUCGGAUGGCCGAGUUCCAGCCCCCUUUGCGCGGCUAUAGCUCGCCCGCCUUCGGGUACCACUCCGGAGCUGUGGUCGGGCGUUUGGCUUGCCUUGGACAGCACACCCACCCGUCGCACGGUAGCCCCUACGUGGUGCCGUGCAACUGUGGAGCGUGGUCGGCGACCGGUGUGCAGACCCAGGUGGCUUACAUUCUACUCCCGGGAGGGAUGAGCAAGAGCGGCUUGGACGCGUACGCAGCACCCGGAGCCAGUGCGUAAAUGGACUGCAGGGACAGCACGAACUGAGAUGAAAAUACUCGGUGAACACAAGGGAUGGUUCAUCAAUGCAUUUUAGGACCGCGUGGGAAAUAUUUGCUGUCGAUGUGACGUUCAGCUCGUCCCAUCAGGGGUCGCCACAGGCCGAAUUUGGUUGACACAGUGGCGCAACAUUAAACAUCCAUCCAUUAACACGAAUUACAAAUCUUUUGUUUCUGAAAAAUGAACGAUUGACGUCUGAAUAUUUGUGUCGACAGUUCCACGAACUUAACAUGAAACUCCGCAAAGCCUGAGACAUUGCAUAAUUUGCAGAUAAUUAAAAUGAACCCUUUAUUGAUCCGUCUGAACACUGAAAAAGACGUGCGGGAAAAUGUGACGAAUUUACUCGAUUUUAAUUCGGCAAGUGGUUGCAAAAAAUAAAAUCCUCGAUUAUUUUAAUAAGGUGUAAUAUCUACUAAAAAUGUAUCUGGAUUCAGAUAAUUUCAUUUCGUGAAACCACUUGACAAAAUAAAAUGUAAAUU